ACACGUGUUUUCUAUGUAUGGAUGCGUAUAUUAUAAGAUAUCAAAACGUUUCGGUUCCAUUCUGACAUAUUUUCCUUAAAAAAAGAAACAGGUAACUUUCAUUUUAUCAUUUUCUGUUUGUUGAUUUCGCCGACCUCUCUGUCUGUAGCUCUUCUUCUUUGGUCGUUUUCGCUUUCAGUCUUUUCACUUGAACGAAGAUUAGAGUUAUAAACGGAAGAACAAAAGAACAAUUUGAAAUGAGUACUGACGGAGAAAUGGAGGAGAGGCUACUACGUGUUGGAUCAGAUGUUAAGGGUCAGAGCAAUGACAGGGAGAGUCUCUACCUGAAGACGAAGGUUUGGAGUGAAGUGAAUAAAUUAUGGAGAAUAGCAUUACCUUCUUCUUUGUUCCGAAUGACCUCGUUUGGGAGCAUCAUUGUGGCUCAAGCCUUCAUCGGUCACUCCUCUGAGUUGGGUCUAGCCGCGUACGCUCUCCUCCAAAGCACAUUCAUCCGCUUUCUCUACGGUUUAAUGGCUGGUAUGUCAAGUGCAACGGAGACAUUGUGUGGGCAAGCAUACGGUGCAGAACAAUACCACACAAUGGGGAUAUAUCUACAACGUUCAUGGAUCGUGGACAUGGCCGUGACCACUUUAUUCCUACCCUUUAUUGUCUUUGCAGGUCCCAUUCUCCGUCUAUUAGGCCAGAACGUUGAGAUCACAAAGACCAUUGACGAGAUCUAUCCUUGGAUGAUCCCUUAUGUCUAUAGCUUGAUUUUCACUAUGACUAUACAAAUGUACCUCCAAGCACAGAUGAGGAACGCUAUCGUAGGCUUUCUCUCAACAUUGUCCUUGGCUAUUGACCUCCUAGUCACAUGGUUGUGCGUGAGUGUUAUGGAAAUGGGGAUUGGUGGUGCUCUCCUCGGGCUUAAUGUGAGCUCGUGGGCGAUGGUAUUGGCCGAGUUUGUGUACAUUUUUGGUGGGUGGUGUCCGUUUACUUGGACCGGNGGAUCUCCCAACCCAAGAAAAGAAGAAUAA